AUGACUCCGAUUCGGCACAUCUCCACCAGCACCAUCCGACCAACGAAUGACGACGACGAUGAGUUAAAUCACAGAUCAAUCGAGUUGGCUCCGUGGGAUCUGCGCUUGAUCCAAAUUGAUUACAUUCAUAAAGGGCUUCUCUUCAAGAAAUCAGCAGAGACGGAAGAGAGCAACAGCUUGAUAGACCACCUAAAAUCCACUCUUGCCCGGACCUUGAAUAUUUUCUACCCGCUCGCUGGUCGGCUCGCCCUGACUAAAAAUGUUAACGAUAACACUGGUUCUUUCUUCAUCGACUGUAAUGGCGAUGGAGCUGAGUUUGUCCAUGCAGCUGCCGAUGGUGUCAAAGUGGUGGAUAUCCUUGAAUCUGUUUAUCUUGCAGAUGACAUUGUCAACCACCUCUUUUCUAUGAUGGAGGCUUGGAACUACGAGGGUGUUACGAAACCAUUGCUUGCAGUACAAGUCACUGAGCUUGUUGACGGAAUCUUUAUUGGUUGCAGUAUAAAUCAUAUGGUCGUUGAUGGUACCUCUUUGUGGCAUUUCUUCAAUACGUGGUCUGAAAUUUCUCGUGUUGAACCUUCUGGAAAAAUUUCUCAACCUCGUCCUGUUUUCGCUCGUCAAUUUCAUGACGGCAUGAUUGAUCUUCCAAUUCAGCUACCCUUCUCCUACGUUCAAGAAAUCAUGACCAAGAAGCCUGUUGGACAUGGAUCGUCGUCUUUGAAUUCUCCACAAAGGGUAGUAUUUCAUUUUCCUAAAGAGAAAGUGGCAGAGCUCAAGUCCAAGGCUAAUGUUGAGAUGGGCACCAUGGACAAUAACACGAUCUCAUCCCUUCAAGCACUCAUGGCUCAUCUUUGGCGAGCGGUAACGCGUGCCAGAAAUCUGAACCCAGAUCAAGAAGUUCGCUACCGGAUUGUAGCGGGAUUGCGGCAAAGAAUGGAGCCACCAUUGCCAAAAGAGUACCUCGGGAAUGCGGUUCUAGGCGUUCUUGUGAAGUGCACAGCAGGGGAGCUAGCACAACAUGGACUAGGGUGGGCAGCCUUCCGAAUAAACGAAAAAAUUGGUGCGCUGAAAGCUGAAGAAGUGAGGAAGUUCAUGGAGGAUUGGGUAAAAGCUCCUACAUUUCUUCCAAAUUCACAAAUGGAUCCAGAAACUCUUGAUUUGUUCACAGGAAGCUCACCGCGGUUCAAUGUGUAUGGUAAUGAUUUUGGGUGGGGAAGGCCGAUUGCUGUGCGAAGCAGAAUUCAAGAAAGAUGGGUUGGGAGCUUAUCGGUGUUUCCUGGGGCUGAAGAAGGAAGUAUUGAUUUUGAAGCUUGUCUUUGGCCAGAGACUCUACGAGCUAUGGCAGAAGAUGCAGAAUUCAUGCAAGCUAUACUCACAUAA